GCGCUGCGCGGCGAAUGCCCGGAGGACCUGCAGCCGGACAUCUUUGAAAAGGGCUGGACGCACACCAUCUACAUGCGAAUUGAGGAGUUCCAGCGCGUCUCGCUCAAGACCAUCGCGGUGCUCCUCAGCUCACCCAACUACCUUGACCGGACCUCCCUCCCGCUCUGCGUGCCGGGCGAGCCCGAGAGCCAGUCGCUCGCCUUUGCCAAGGCAACCCUCCUCUGGGCCUCGCCGGCCAACGCGGGCGCACAGGCCUUGGCUGACGAGAUUGCCGACGCCUUUGCCGGUCUCACGAUCUCCACCGCCGAGGCGCCCGGGCCAGCGACCCACAUGCUGCUCUACCUCAACGAGGACAGCUUCAGCGACGAGCGGCUGGCCGAUCAGGUCAAGCAGGCGCGGGAAGACAAGCUGAAGAUCGUCAUGGCGCACGAGAACGACCCGGACCUCGGCGGCUGCCAGUUCUCGAGAAUGUUUGAGGAGCUCAUCGCCGACGGACUCUACAAGGACCUGGCAAAAUCGUGCUUCCCGGGGCGCCACCGGAAGGCGCCCUGUGUCGCUCGUGCUUCUGGCAAAGAGCCUCGGCGCGACCCCCGCUCGGUCGCGGGCGGAACUCCUUUCGGGCAGCAUCGCCGAGCGCGGCAGCCUCGCAGGGCGCAGCCUUGGCGGCCUCAGCCGGGUGUUCGCCAAGAUGAGCAGCCGCAGCUCUGCGGAGGCGCGCGAC